AUGGCUCUGGCUAUCUCCGAUUCACUAGAUGGUUUUGGACCUUCUCUGCCGUUGAUCUUUGUCUCUGCAUUUCUCGGCCUGUUUGCAAUUGUAAUCUUGCAUUGGACUACAUCAGCGUCCAUUCCCGUCAUCAACAAGUACAGUGGCGAUUUUUUCCUGAAAAAGGCCCAUGCCGAAUUCCUCACCAACUGCAGAAAGCUCAUCAGCGAUGGUGUUGCCAAGUACAACGGACCAUUUCGGGUCAUCACCACUCUCGGAUCGAGAGUCAUCCUCCCAGCCAGAUUCGCCGACUGGGUAAAGAACUGCAAGGACCUGGAUCAUGUUCAACUGGUUGCCGAUGAGUACUUUGCACACUAUCCUGGCUUUGAUGGGAAUGGCGUCGUUGUUGAUCCCAGCCGGAUGAUGAUCAACGUUACGAAGACCAAGCUCAACCAGAACUGGCGCAAGUCCAUCACCAUGUCUAUCUCAUCUCCAAGGCUAACUUCCACUUACGAAUGGUCCAGCAAAGACGGCAACUGGCGGCCCGUGCCAUGGGGCCAAGAUGUCGCUCGCUACAUAGGGCGCAUGUCAUCUGCAGUCUUCGUGGGAGCCGAGCUAGCACGCGAUGCGCAAUGGCAGCAUCUCAUCCUUACUUAUACGAUCAACCUGUUCAAUGGCGUACGAGCCUUGCGCACCUGGCCUCGGUUUACGCGCAUGUUCAUCCACUGGUUCCUCCCCGAAUGUCGGACUUGUCGAAAGCAAUUGGCACUCGCUCGCCAACUGUUACAGCCAGUUUUGAUGAAAAGACGUGAAGCCAUUAAUGAAGCAAUCAAUGAUGGACAGCCUCCACCAAUGUUCGACGAUACCAUCGCAUAUAUCGAAGAAAUUGCCGCCGGUCGACCAUUCGAUCCAGCUGCGACUCAACUCGCCUUUGCGAUUGCGGCUAUGCACACCACUACUGAACUGCUGAAGCAGACCUUGGUAGAUAUCUGUUUGCAUCCCGAGCUUAUAAAUCCCCUGCGAAACGAAGCCAAAGAUGCAAUUGCGCAGCAUGGCUGGACAACUGCCGGCAUGUUUCAGAUGCAGCUUAUGGAUAGCGUCAUCAAGGAAUCGCAAAGGAUGAAACCCGGAUCACUGGUCAAUCUCGAACGCAAGGCUCUCAAAGAUGUUACUCUACCAGAUGGAAGCCUGUUGCCUAAAGGCACAAAUGUCGCCGUGGACACGGCAAACAUGUGGAACGCGGACAUCUACAAGGACCCAGCGGUAUAUGAUGGAUACCGAUUCUACAAUAUUCGAAAGGCUGGGGGCUCAGCAAGCAACGCUGCUCAACUUGUCUCUGUCAACAGCGACUUUAUCGCUUUUGGGCUUGGGCCAUCGGUGUGUCCUGGCAGGUUCAUGGUAGCAAAUGAGCUCAAGGCCGCACUGGCUACGAUUCUGAUGCAGUAUGAUGUCCGAUUACCACAAGGCAAGCGUCCACAAAUCAUGUAUUACGGAUUUGAAAUGCUGUCCGACCCAACAACGGUAAUAGAAGUGAAGAGGAGGACAGACUGA